CAAACAAAGACAAAGUAUAAUCCAGAAAAAACAACACCUGUGACAUGAAUCAAGGGCACCUUUGUUUUGACAGGGUGUCCACCAGACAAUAGCAUUCCACUGCUCUAAAAAUGCACACCUUGAAGUGACCCAAAUAAUUAAAUUUGGUCAUAAAAAAUGAUGUCCCAUCAGUAUGCAUCUGGACCUGCCAACCAUAGUGAAGGUUAUCACAUCCUUGGUCCUCCCUGUUCUGGUCUGAGCCUCAGACAAAUGAAUAACUUAGCACUAGGUGGAAUUAUUUUUAAUUUAUUUUAUUUGGGUAACCAGAAUAAGACGGAAAAAAAAUGUCUGGGUGGAAGUUGAACUGAAUGAAGCAAAGAUGAAAUGUUUGGACAUGAGUUUUAAAAAGGGGAGAUGGUGGAUAUAAAGUAAUGGCUGCAUCCAAGAGUAGUUCUCCAGGGCUUAGGACAUGUGGUGAUAAUUAAAAAUGAUAUAUUAACUUAGGUUCAUUGAUUUAUUUUUUUAUAUAUUUUUAAAAUGUUAAAAACGCUGUUAAAAUCACAGUUCUGAAGUUGAGUAGAACAAAGGGAACAAAGGAAACCAAAGGCACCAGCUGAAGUUCACAAAGACUACAUCAUGUCUAGACCUGGGAGACUGACUGUUCACUAAUGGGCCUACAACCUUAAAAACUGUUGCCCAUUCUGAAACUGUAGGAUUGCACCGCUGCAAUUCCAAAUAUCGCCGGUAGAUGGUGGUGUACACGCACGUUUGUGGUCAUGCCUGACUGCCUGGCUUCCAGUGUCUAGAAAGCAAUCUGUUGUGUAUGUUAGUGAAGCUAUUCUCCCACCUAUCUCAGGAUCGAUGCAAGGAAAGUACCACCACUACACUCUUAUGAAUAAUUAAACGUACCAGUACGGACUAAACAGCACAACAACAGCCUCUCCCUUUGUCCUUUAAGGCUUUUUUACAUGUUAAUAACAUGGCCAGGUAAAAAAAAAAGGCAUCGUGUCUCCCAACUGUUGCCCCUCCCUGCAGGUGCCCUCCUUUGACUGAUGAGCUCGGUGUUAAUUGGGGCAGUGAACACCUCCAGCCAGGAGGAGGACGCGCUCCUUUGUGUAGGGCUGGAGCUCCACUUGCUGGCUGAGCGCCAAGUUCGGGGCAACAAAUCAAUGUGCAAGCCUCCACAUGGGGCAAUAGCGGCACUCAGAUGAAGGUCCAUUUCGCUAUGAAUGAUUCAUGAGCAUCUGUUGCCAAACACGAGCCAUAAAGUUUUUUUUGUUUUUGUUUUUUUAAAUGAGGAAUCGUGGCGAUUUUUUCGGUGAUUCUGGACAUUUGGAUCAUGUUCUGUCUCCACGAAGACGGGACGUCACGUGAUCUCUCACUGCGUUAUAUUAAAUACACAAACACGCGCAUACAAGGUGAUGCUGUUGUUGACUGUCGAAUCCUAAUGUUACCAACGUCCUCUUUGUUCUUGGCCGUGGACAAUCUGAACGCACGGUGCCAAUCGUCAGGGGCAGUGGUUCCGGGCGGAGUCGUCGCCCCUUGUUCUCACAUGUGCUCCGCCUCGCCUGCGCUGAUUGGACUGAGAAUCACCACCACCACAGUGUGUGUGUGUGUGUGUGUAUGUUUUCCCUUCACACACACACUCAGAAACGCCCACCCACAUGACCGGGAAAGUGGCUUCAAACUGAAAAAGCACGCCGUUUGAGCACAGACCGAUCGAGACGCGCUGAUGUUUGGAGAGCGGAGUGCGCAGCCAACAGCUACCUCUGACUGAGACACUGUUCCUCUUCUUUUUAUAUAAAUAUAUAUAUACACAUAAGUACCGAUGACAUCGAAUACCUGGACUCAACCUCUCACGGUCGGAGCUGACAUUUUUGUAUGAUAUUUCAGCCCAGAGCUGCAGCUGGACUUGGGAGUCGUGCGCUCCACAAUCUUUUUGGAUAAACACUCGUCUCCGUUAGUUAUUAGAGAGGAGAGAGAGAGAGAGAGAGAGACAGGGGGGUAUCAAACACCCGCUGGGUCACAGUCGGGCUGUCACCUAUCCAUCCACAGGAGCUGUGAUGCCGGUGGCGGACAGCGACAUGGUCGUGGACGCUUCGAGCCAGGCAGCCAGUGGCCAGGAUGAGAACAUCCUCCCGGUGUCCCUCAGCAGCCCCGCUGCGGACAUCCUCAAGAACUUUUACCACACCAAGCGGGUCGGGAACUACCUGAUCGGCAGGAAACUGGGGGAAGGGUCGUUCGCCAAAGUUAGAGAAGGUCUCCAUGCGAUGACCGGUGAGAAGGUGGCAGUCAAGGUGAUUGACAAGCGGAAGGCCAAGAAGGACUCCUACGUGACCAAGAACCUGCGCCGGGAGGGUCACAUCCAGCAGAUGAUCCGACACCCCAACAUCACGCAGCUGCUGGACAUCCUGGAGACGGAGAACAGCUACUACCUGGUGAUGGAGCUGUGUCCCGGCGGGAACCUCAUGAACCGCAUCUACGACAAGAAGCGUCUGGACGAGAGGGAGACGCAGAAAUACAUCAGGCAGCUGGUGCUGGCCGUGGAGCAUCUGCACAGGGCCGGGGUGGUGCACAGGGACCUGAAGAUAGAAAACCUGCUGCUGGACCAAGAGGACAACAUAAAGCUGAUAGACUUCGGCCUGAGCAACUGCGCCGGGAUCCUGGGAUACUCCGACCCCUUCAGCACCCAGUGUGGAAGUCCGGCGUACGCCGCUCCGGAGCUGUUGUCCAGGAAGAAGUACGGGCCCAAGGUGGACGUGUGGUCCAUUGGUGUGAACAUGUAUGCAAUGUUGACUGGGACGCUGCCGUUCACCGUGGAGCCCUUCAGCCUCCGGGCCCUGCACCAGAAGAUGGUAGACAAGGAGAUGAACCCUCUACCUCCGUCGCUUUCCACAGCUGCCAUCUGUCUACUGAAGAAGCUGCUCGAGCCAGAUCCCAACAAACGUCCCAACAUCCACCAGGUGAUGGCAGACUCCUGGCUCCAGCUGGCCAAUAAGAACACAGGGGCGCCGUACCUCAACAGGAUACACAUCGAGGAAAUUAACCACACGGUGUUGCUGCACAUGACGGAGAAAAUGGGCUACAAGCACAGUGAGGUUCUGAGCGCCGUGCUGACCAACCGUGCCUGCCACACCCUGGCUGUUUACUUUCUGCUCAACAAGAAAAUGAAGAGACUUUCCAAAGAAUACCGGGAAAUGCAGAUCCAGGAGAAGAAGAAGAAAGGCGACAAGCAGAAAAACGAAUACUACCAGACCCAGUGGAGGAAGCACGUGGACAAACUCACCAUCCCGCCCAAACAGACCCCGGCCUACCUGGCUGUCAGCAAGCCCAGUGAGAAGAAGAAGCACAGAACAGGUCUUUUGCGUGCCAUAACUGGCGGCCAUCGUAACUCCCCUCUUGCACCACCUGGCACAGUUGCCUCCUCUUCCAUGGAGUAUCUGGAGAUCCACGAUCUCUCCCCCACCACCCCUCAUCAGCGGAGGAGACUGGCCACACUCCCGCCAGCCAAUACCAGUCCGGAACACAACAUCCCCGCCCCGCCGGCGCCGUCACCCAUUGGCAUGCAUUCCUUCGGCUCUCUGUCUAAAGCUGAGCAGAUGGAGGACACCCCCGCUACACCCUGGUACAAACUGAUCAACGGUACUCUGUCACCCCCUCGCCACGUCUCUGCCUUCCAACCCGACUCUUCUUACUUGAAAAAAGCCACAAUCCCCAGUCCUCCCGUGCAAAUCUCCAACCCAAAGUCUAAGAACCUUUCGUCAGACUGGUGCGGCGGUUCCGACACGAGCGGCAGUCCCCCCAGCACCGUGGGGAGCCCCCCGGGCACCUCGGCUUUCAGCCCUCCAAAAUCCGCCUUUAGUCCCCUGAACCCCAAGUCGGCUUUUAGCCCGCUCUCCAACAGCAACAAGGACAGUAACAGCAGCGACCCCGAGAGCCCCACGCACCGCAGCAAAUUCCCCUCCAUGGGAAUCGGACAGCUGCUUAAGAAGAAGGUCCAGCUGCAGCCGUUCGCCUUCCGGCCCGAACAGGUUGUGGAGGAGGUGGUGUCACCUCCUCCUUACCCCAUGCAGACUCUCCUCUGUGCUUCGGGUGCACUCAAGACGCUCUGCUGAAGGAUGCAAAGAAUAAGAAAAAGAGACAAAAAAAAAAAAAGAACUCAAGGCCCCGCCCAACAUUUGAUAGCUGUUGGAGAGGUCUUCCAAAGCGGCCUUUUUGAACUGUGAACUCUCCCUUUAUCACGACUAGGACACUUUUUUUUUUUUUCAAAGAAAAUAAAUGGUGGUUUAAGUGAGAGCACGUAGUAUUUUACCUCUCGUUCCCGCUGCCGUUAUGUAAUAUAGGAGGUGAUGACACUAAGAGGAUGAGACUUGAAAGCAAUCCCAGAGCAAUGAAACCUGGCACAGGCCCAGACCCAGAGAGGACACUGGACGUCCUGUAACAUGGACUCAUGCCAGACAGGUGUACAGAAACACACACACACACACACACACUUAACUCUGUAUUAUAGACCGAGUCAAGAAAAGACUCAUUUAUGUACUAUUAUUGCUGUGAACUGUUUACUAACUGAGCCGCAGACUGAUUCACACCAGCUAACGGAUCCCAACGCUUACCCUGACCCUGAAUACAUGUGUAAAUGUUUUGUCUUUGUGGGGGAAAAAAACAAACAACAAAAGAUACAUAGAAACCUUAUGGACGUCCAGAUGAACUGGAUUUAAAAAAAAAAAAAGAACUCACUGCACUAUUCUUGAAAAACCAAAAAAACCUGUACUAACGACGGUGUUUUUACCAUCUCUUACCUCAAUGCAUUAUUCAUACAUGGUAGUUGAACAGCACCUGAUUGUGACACGCCCGUCACAGCGUUAGUGCCAUUGUAGGAUCGACGCGCUGGAGUAGCAGUAGUAGCAGUUGUUACACGGGAGUAGAGCCAUGCUCUCACUUUUUAUAGCACGCGCAUUAACUGUGGGUGAAUAAAUCACGGCGUAAAGCUUUUUUUAUACGCACUGCUCUCACAUCGUUGCUUCAAGGACCUACGGCAGAAAUGUUAAAAAAAAAA